AUGGACGUAAAACAGAGGCUUGGGAGCCUCUGGGACACUGCCCGUCCAGAAACCAAGCGUUCCAGGGACCCCUGCCUCUACAAAGCCACCCGGAGCCCCCGGAUUCCUAAGGACGGCGAAGGUCUUUACGACGGCAAGGAGAAGCGCGAGGACGUCAAGUCGGAGGACGAGGACGGCCAGACCAAGCUGAAGCAGCGGCGGAGUCGCACCAACUUCACGCUGGAGCAGCUCAACGAGCUGGAGCGGCUGUUCGACGAGACGCACUACCCAGACGCCUUCAUGCGCGAGGAGCUGAGCCAGCGCCUNNGUGCGUCUCUGUUUCGUCUCCAGGUUUGGUUUCAGAACCGGAGGGCCAAGUGCCGGAAACAGGAGAAUCAGAUGCACAAAGGCGUCAUUCUGGGCACCGCCAGUCACCUGGACGCCUGCCGGGUGGCGCCCUACGUGAACAUGGGCGCCCUGCGGAUGCCUUUCCAACAGGUCCAAGCGCAGCUCCAGUUGGAGGGCGUGGCCCACGCGCACCCGCACCUGCACCCGCACUUGGCGGCCCACGCGCCCUACCUGAUGUUCCCGCCGCCGCCCUUCGGGCUGCCCAUCGCGUCGCCCGCCUCUGCCGCCGCCGUGGUCGCCGCCGCCGCCAAAAGCAACAGCAAGAACUCCAGCAUCGCCGACCUGAGGCUCAAGGCCCGGAAGCACGCGGAGGCCUUGGGCCUUUGA